CUUGUACGCAGAGCUGCUACUUUUGCGAACGUACUCGUCAAGUCGCGAAGACGUUCCGUUCCUCGGCCUUUCCGCCGCUUCUGUAUCUCUUCCUUCAGUCGUAGCGUUGCGUAUGCUUCCCCUUCGCCGUAAAUAAGCGGCAAGAACACCCCACAUAUCCCCAGCAGACAGUAUACCCUGUCCUCAUCCAACGUUGUUGUACGCCUAGCCCCCCAGCUUAUCCGUUCCUCGACGCUGAACUCAGUUAGACGCUGUCCUCUUAGUGCUUCGGUAGGAAGCUUAGUGAUCUCAUAAAAAAACUCGACUGUGGGCGGCGCAAGCAACUCUUGCAGCGUCCAGCCUCGCGUGAACCAUCGGCUCUGACGAAAUGCAGCCUCCCACGAAAUCGGAUACAUUUGGGCGUCGGUAACCUCGCUCGGAAUCUUGACAUCGGACAGGUAUACGUAGCACUUGCUUGCUCGUUGAUACCAGCGGAACAUGGAGUUGAUCGCAGUGCUAACUUCGACGCUGGUGCUCUUGUCGAUGCAGCAGGUGUCCACCCACGAGUACUGCAGGCCAUCUUGGUGCGCUCUGUCUACGCAGAAGUUCACUUUCUUGUAGCCGGCCUUAUCCUUGCCCGUCCCCGCGACCAGCUCAUGCUCGAGACUGCCGUUAGGCGAGCGCUUUAGAAGACGCAUCGGAUCGCCGAGUAUCCCCGCGAGCAGCGAACGCUGGCCGGGUUCGAUGGUAAUGCAUGCGUGCUGUCGUGGUAGAGCAAGCGUUGCAGAGCAGCGGCGCCCAUAUCGCAGCCUGCUUGCGGUUGCACGUGGGAACUCAUCGGCGAGGCUGCAGGCUGCAAGCUGGCGCUUGGCAGGUGCUUGGGGCUGUGUGGUGAAUGGUGCUGGCCAGUAUGGAGGGAUUCACAACUCCCUAACGUCGCAUUUCAUUCUUUGUUACCUGCGCAACACCCAGCGGAAAAUAACUUCUCGACUAAUUAUAAUUAAUACAUCGGUGCCGUUGGAGCCUUCCAUGACGCCAUGGUGGCCUUCGCCGGCUCUUGCGCUUCGCCCAUCCGUGCCACUUUUUUUGUUCUGGCUCCCGCAGAUCUGUUUCCCGGUUUGGCUGCGACUCUAA